AAAAACAAGAAAGACCCAAUAGACACAAACACAUCCUAACCCCAUAAAACAGAAAAUAAAAGAAUCCUCCUUCUUCUUGAAAUUUGAAUUCCAAAAUCCAAAGUGCUGAAAUGAUCUUUGAAGGUGUAACUGUGUGAAUUUUAAGCUUAUGACACAAUUGUGGUAUUUCAAGGUUCUUAAAAGAGAAGAAGAAGUUGAAGAUCAUCAUCGUCUAACUCUGAGAAAAUUGGUUGAGAAUGUACGAGGAAAGUUUAUGUUUUGAUCCUACUCCAAUGGUGGACGCAAUCCUUAACAACAACGGCGGCUACUCUGAGUCCACCACGGCAGCAGAAACAGGGUUUCCGGUAAGAAAUCAGUUUCAACCACCGAUCUUGGUAACCGGGAACACAACAAACAGCUUCAACGACGACCUUAGGCUCCCAACAAUGGAGGAGUUCUCUGUUUUCCCAUCUGUUGUCUCUUUCCCAAGCUCAGAAAUUCAGAACCUCAACGACAACAACCAUAUGAUCCAGGAAAUGAUUCACUGGUCGAAUUGGGACAACUCUGGACUCUUUAUGAACACUUCAGUUCCAAACACAACAACAACUCCAACUCCUGAUCUUCUCAGCCUCUUGCAUUUGCCUAGACGCUCAAUGCCAUUACCAAGCUCGAACGUUUCUGAUAUACUGUCCGGUUCUUGCUUCACAUAUGACCCGCUCUUCCACUUAAACCUUCCUCCACAGCCUCCAUUAUUCCCUUCUGCUAAUUAUGACUACUCAGGGUUCUUCCUAGAUACCAAUACUAGUCAAAGAGAUCAGUCAAGUGCUGGUGAUGAGAACAACAAUGCUCAAUUAGAUAGCGGAAUCAUUGAUUUUAGCAAGAAAAUUAGACGUAAAGGAAGAGGGAAGCAGAAGAACAAACCUUUUACAACAGAGCGUGAGAGAAGAUGUCACUUGAACGACCGGUUCGAGGCCUUGAAAUUGCUCAUUCCUAGCCCGACCAAGGCAGAUAGAGCAUCCAUUCUUCAAGAUGGAAUCGAUUACAUCAAGGAGUUGCAAAGAAGAGUAAGCGAGCUUAAGUAUUUGGUUGAGAGGAAAAAAUGUGGUGGUAGACACAAUAACAACAACAACAACUCGGAUGAUUGUAUUAAUGAAGAUACUAAUGAUGAUGAAAACAUAGUGAAGAAGCUAGAGAGUGAUGUAAGAGACCAGUGCUCAAGCAACAACUCGCUAAGGUGUUCAUGGCUGCAGAGGAAGUCUAAAGUAACAGAAGUUGAUGUUAGGAUUGUUGAUGAUGAAGUAACAAUCAAAGUGUUUCAGAAAAAGAAGAUUAACUGUUUGUUGGUUGUCUCUAAAGUGCUUGACCAGCUUCAUCUCGAUCUUCAUCAUGUCGCUGGAGGGCAGAUUGGUGAGCAUUAUUGUUUCUUGCUCAACACCAAGAUAAAUGAAGGAUCAACAAUAUAUGCAAGUGCAGUAGCGAACAAAGUGAUUGAAGUUGUGGAUCAACACCACAUGGCUGCUCUUCCCAUCAAUAAAUUCUUGUUACUAGGCUAACUUUAUCUAACUUUCUGACGUUUGUAAUCCAUGUUUAGUCAUUUUUCAAAGACUCAAUAUUAUCUUUUUUUUAAGCCGAAUGUAGGUUAUAUAGUUUGGAUAUUCAGCUUAAAACGGCAA